AUGGACCGGUCCUGUCAGAGCCGCUGCGAGAGGGACAGAGUUGCCCCUGCGGGAAAGCUGCAUCCCCAAAAAUCAUUCUCCUUCCCUAGAAGAACCCCUUUCCCUUCAUCACCUGAGCCCCGCCGAGGAGCCGGCCGUGUCACCAACGCAGCUCUCAUCCCGCUCAACGCCCGUCCCCGCCACCGGCCGCGGGGCAACGGGCUGAUCCCCAGCCCGGCGCACAGCGCCCACUGCAGCCUCUACCGGACGCGGACCCUGCAAGCUCUCAGCUCGGAGAAGAAAGCCCGGAAAGCCCGCUUCUACCGCAACGGGGACAGGUACUUCAAGGGCUUGGUGUAUGCCAUCUCUACUGACCGCUUCCGCUCCUUCGAAGCCCUCCUCGUCGAGCUUACCCGGUCCCUGUCAGACAACGUGAACCUGCCCCAGGGUGUCCGGACCAUCUACACCAUCGAUGGCAGCAAGAAGCUCACCAGCCUGGAUGAGCUGGUGGAAGGUGAAAGUUAUGUAUGUGCAUCCAAUGAACCAUAUCGCAAAGUUGAUUAUACCAAGAAUGUCAAUCCAAACUGGUGUGUGAACAUAAGGACUGGGUCCACUCGAUCCUUGACAUCUUUGACAUCCACAAAGAGUGAAGUGAAGGAGAGUAAAGAUUUCAUUAAACCCAAAUUAGUGACUGUUAUUAGGAGUGGAGUAAAGCCACGGAAAGCUGUGAGAAUUCUGCUGAAUAAGAAGACUGCUCACUCCUUCGAACAGGUCUUGACUGACAUCACAGAAGCCAUUAAGUUAGAUUCGGGUGUAGUCAAGAGACUUUGUACGCUGGACGGAAAGCAGGUGACAUGCUUGCAGGACUUCUUUGGAGAUGAUGAUGUCUUCAUUGCAUGUGGUCCUGAGAAAUACCGGUAUGCUCAGGAUGACUUCGUGUUGGAUCACAGCGAAUGCCGUGUUAUGAAGUCCUCUUAUUCCCGAUCAUCUGGCAUGAGGCAUACUGGGUCCAAAAGUCCAGGACCUUCACGUCGAAGCAAAUCACCUGCCUCAGUAAAGAGGGGUGGCCACUACUCCAGUGCUUAUUCUUCAGCAAAAUCCCCAGUUAAUGGAACCCCAAGCAGUCAAUUAUCCACCCCAAAAUCUACAAAGUCCUCCAGUUCUUCACCAACAAGCCCAGGCAGCUUUCGUGGACUGAAGAUUCCUCCACAUGGUGGAUCUUCUUCCAAUGUCAAUGGUGUACCUGAAUCACUCCAUUGCCAGAGUCCUGAAGGUGUGAAUGGAAACAAGUGCUCAGGGUCAUCUACCAUUCUUGAGAAGUAUAAAGUGGGGAAGGUGAUUGGUGACGGCAAUUUUGCUGUUGUAAAGGAGUGCGUAGAACGAUCCACAGGAAAGGAGUUUGCACUGAAGAUCAUAGACAAGGCUAAAUGCUGUGGAAAGCUUAGUCCUUCCUCACUCCAUUUCACAUGCCAACAUAAGCCCUGCCUUAAAAACACCCAUCUGGCCCAGGAACACCUGAUUGAAAAUGAAGUGUCUAUUCUGCGUCAAGUGAAGCAUCCAAAUAUCAUUAUGCUUAUAGAGGAAAUGGACACCCCAACAGAACUCUAUCUGGUGAUGGAGCUGGUCAAGGGAGGAGAUCUAUUCGAUGCUAUCACUUCUUCUACAAAAUAUACAGAGCGAGAUGGGAGUGCAAUGGUCUACAAUCUAGCCAGUGCACUCAAAUACCUUCAUGGUCUCAACAUUGUGCACAGAGACAUCAAGCCAGAAAAUCUCCUGGUAUGUGAAUAUCCAGAUGGAACCAAGUCUUUGAAGCUAGGAGACUUUGGACUGGCGACUGUGGUUGAAGGACCUUUAUAUACCGUCUGUGGUACACCCACAUAUGUGGCUCCAGAAAUCAUUGCAGAGACAGGAUAUGGCUUAAAGGUGGAUAUUUGGGCUGCAGGUGUGAUUACAUACAUACUGUUAUGUGGAUUUCCACCUUUUCGCAGUGAAAACAACCUUCAGGAAGACCUCUUUGAUCAGAUACUUGUUGGGAAGCUGGAAUUUCCUUCUCCCUACUGGGAUAACAUCACUGAUUCAGCAAAGGAGUUAAUUAGCCUGAUGUUACAUGUGAAUGCUGAAGCCCGAUAUACAGCAGCACAGAUCCUAAGCCAUCCCUGGGUGUCAGAUGAUGCUUCCCAGGAGAAUAAUAUGCAAGCUGAAGUAACAGGUAAACUGAAGCAGCACUUUAAUAACACCCUACCCAAGCAAAAUAACACAUCUGCUGGGGUUUCUGUCAUCAUGAACACAGCUCUAGAUAAAGAGAGUCAGAUUUUCUGCAGCAAGCGCUGUCAGGACUCUGGUAGAGCUGGAAUGGAGAAAAUUUCUGCAAUUACUGCUGCAGCUGAUGAUCCUCAUGUGGCUGGGUCCAAGACCCUCUUCCCUGCUGCUUCUGAGCCACUCAGAUCCCCCACGGUCCCUGCCUCGGUACCUCCCGAGUUCGCUGGGGAUCAGCCGGGUGCGUAGGACUGAUGAAACCAAAUCCAACUGAAGCUCCCUGCACUCUCGCCACAAUUUCUCUUCAUUUCAUGCGUCAGUUUGUUUUCAGUUUGCGUGCACCCUCUCGUGGCGAGCCCAAGGCAGGCUCUGUCAUGGGAGACUGAUCUUCUAAUAGCGGGUGAGUGAACAUGCUUUUUGAGUGCUCUUUGCCCUUCUCUUGAGAACAGCAGUGGGGGAAAGAUUCUGGCAAAGUUAGACGAUUUUUAAGUUAUCAUCUGUGUUAGUUUAAUUAACUGCAUUUCACACGGCCUUGGGCUCUAAAUAGACUAACUUACUGUGUAGCUAACCAUAUUUUUAUAUGAGCAGUGAGACGAUGAACAUUUACCUGGCCUCACCUGUGUACAAGCAGGCCCCAUUCUGUUCUUCUGAUGAGGAUUCUCAGAAAAGCAGGAGAGGAGGACAAGGGAAGAAAACUUAUAUUCACCUUCUGUUCCUGAUGCCUCUAUUUUUAGCCAAGUUUCUACUAAACUCGAAGAGGCAAAUUUUCACAAAAAAUUUUUUAGUGGACUAACUGUAAAAUAUCAUGAGACAAACAUUGGAGACAGAGGGAAGGAUGGUUGGUUUUGCAUCAAGUUUGUUAUCGGACUUGCAGGCUGCAGGGUAGUGUUUAGAUAAUAUGAAUUUAAAUAAAGUGACUUGAGAUGUAAACAUGAGCACUGGACAUUUAUUCAUAACGAAGACUGGAGUCAAGGAAGCCUUUUUGUUCUAGCCAUUUUCUAUCCUAACCAAAAGUGUCCCAUCCGCACCUUUCUCCAGGGUCAGACUACCUAUUAGAUAAAAUAAAAUGACUUUGGACCUGUGAACAGAAAGCCUGAUGCAUGUUAUCUAAGCUAGGAUGAAUGGAGCAGUUCCUAGUUUUAGGGUGAGCUGAUUGAGGAGCUACUGCAAAUAGCUGCCAUCAAUAGCUAUCGGAGGUUUGUCAGUGCUAUCCCCCAUUCACCUGGUGCAGGCACUGGAAACAAGGAUUGGGGAGCAGCUAUCCUUAAUCUGCAGUCACAGAUAGAUGCGACUUUAUCUUUACCAUAAUGCUUAGUUCAAUAUAGAAUGUAUUCAGCUUACUCUUUUCCUUUGCUCGUUCUUACGAAUUGGUCAUAGUUCAUUUUCUUUCUUAGCUAUACUUUCUACUAGAAUUGUAAAAGAAAGACCUGCAAUAAACUUUCUUCAUUUAAAAAAAAAAA